AACCGAAGGAACCGAACUGAAGUUGAUUUGAGUCCGAAAUUGCAGAACCCGAAUCUGCAAACUAUAAUAAACCAAAGCGCAAAACAGAGGCGUACCUGGGAGAAAACGGACACCCGAACCAGAGCCCUCACCUAUGGCAGACGAUGACGACGAUGAGGGCUUUGGGGACUUCAAAUUCGCUCCAAUGACUCCUGUUCAUACCGCCUCCUCUAUUACCACCAAUCUGAAGACCAGCUCCUCCACUGAUUUAUUCUCCGACGAUGAUUGGGGCGACUUCGUAACCACCCCUUCUAAUCAGAUCAAUGGUGGAUUUGAGUUCUCCAAUGGAACAGCCGUUCAUUCGUCUUUUAGUCCUUCCCAGAACCAAAACCCCUUGGACCUUUUUGGGAAUUCAGUGGAUGGUAAUGAAUCUACGAUGUCUCGGGUUGAAUCGGUGCCUAGUGGAGCCGAGUUGGCGAAGGUUCAGUGGGUUAAACCUCAGGGAGCUAUUCCGUUAUCGUUGUUUGGGGAGACUGAGGAGGAAGACAAUAAUUCUGCUGCAGCUCAGCCUACGGUUGGUGAUGGUGCAGCCUCGUUCUUUCAUAAGAAAGAUGAUUGUGACAGAAAAGGUUUGGUUCUGAAUGGGGGAGUUGGUAUUAAUGAUUUAAUUGCGAAUUUGUAUAGUCAGAGUCCGCGGAUCAAGGUUGAAAAUGGAUCGCAUCCGAAUUCAAUUUCUGAUGGGGCGACAACGAAAUCUAGUAUGAAUGUUGAAGGCCUGGUAUCGAAAACUAAUGCGUUUUAUUGGCAACCUAAUGGAUUGGAUUCCGCUUUUCACGAUACGGAUCCGAAGUCAUCAAAUAAAUUAGAUUCUAAUAUUGGUAGCGGGAAGUUCAAUUCCAAUGGGCUGAGUUCGGAUUUGGUAGAAGAGGGUGAUAAUAUUGAUGAUGUUGAUGAAGAUGACGAUGAUGGUUGGGAAUUCAAAGGCGCUGAUGCUAACAAACAGGAACAACGGGUUGUUGAAAUGCCACAGCCGAAGGUGGAAGCAGCUAUGGAGAAUGACCGGGAAUUUAAGGUUGACGAUGGAGGACGGUUAAAUGUUGAGGAAUCCAUUACUGCAGUAGAGUUUAACAAUGGUGCAUUUGGUCAUGUUGAUAUGCUUACUCAGCUCAGUGAUAAGCCUCAUAAAGCUGAUAAUUCAUUGUUUGAUUUCAAUCCAAGUUUUGCCUCUCCAAAUGAUUUUUUAUGGGAUUCACCAUCUACAAGUGAGAAGAAUCAUAUGGAGAUUGGAUCAAAGUUUCCUACAGUUGGUGAACGGGGAAAUUCUAAUGAAAACUUUUGGCAAUUUAGGGAUGCAUUUUCUGAAGUUGGACCAGAGCCUAAGUUGGAAGCUGCGAAGGUUGCUAAUCCAGCAGAUUUGGGAGGACAAGCAUUAAAUGGACAUGGUGCUGAUGGCACUAUUGAUUUUUUUUCUGUAUCUGAGGCUUUACCCAAAACUGGGGGAUGGGACUUUGAGUCUACUUUCACCUCAAGUUCUGCAAUUGAAGAUAGUAUUAUACCAAAUUUACAUUCUAGUAGCAUGAAAAAUGAUAUGGGAAAUGGAGCUUGCUCUUCUGCAGAUGAUAAGAAUGAUGAGUGUGAUGACAAUGAUUGGGACUUUCAAGAUGCCUCUUCAGAAACUGUGUCAAAGCUUGAGGGAGAUUCAGUGUUUGGUCCUGAUCAUACUGCUAAUAUGAUUCCACCUGUUUUUAAUGGUGCAAAUCAGAAGAAUGAAGUCAAGCUAAAGAGUCACGAAGCCUUGCCGCUGUCCAUUUUUGGUGAUGAAGAACUGGAGAAUGAUUCUUCCCAAUUUCCAAAAGAUGUUUUGAUGCAAAAACCAACAUCUUAUCCUAGUUAUAAUAGUAAUAAAGCUCUUGGUUCUAAUUUAUCUAUCAAUGAUUUGAUAUCAAGUUUAUAUAUUCAAGCUGCUGAAAACACUUCUGUCAGUGAUACACCAGAAGUAAGUGAAAAUGGAAUGCCUGUUUCCCUUAGACCGUUGGAAUCUGAUAUUCUCAACAAUGACGACGAUUUUGAUGAUGAUGCUUGGGAAUUUAAGGAUGCUGUUUUGGAUACCCAAGAUCAAAACCAAACUUUUGCAACUCAUGUUGAAGAUUUACCAAGCAAAUCUUAUACCAAGUUACAACUUAAGGAUUUUGUUGAUUUCUAUAACAAAUUGAAGGAUUACUCACGUGUUGCUGCAUUAAGCCACUUUGAAAAUUUAAAGAAAGCUCAAAGCAGUGCUACUCCUCCUGGUGAAGAAGCAAACCUGGAAGCUUGUGAUGAGGAGAUCGAGAAAAUCUAUAAUGAGCUUUGUCAAGAUAACAUAAUAUCAGAAUUUGAUUCUGAGAAUCUUCCAUCAAAAAAUUUUUGCUUCAGUGAACUUCUUAAAGCUCUGCAGGAACCAAAGUUCAAGGUUCUUGAGUCAGAAUAUCAGUUAUCAAAGCAGUUGUCAUUGGCAGAGACAAAUUUGGGAUCUGCAAUUGAACUUUCGAAACAUGCAGCAUCAACACUGAGUAUUCUUAAAUUAGGAUCAGCAGAGGAGCAAUCUAGUUAUGUAUCUAAGUGGUCUAAAAUAGUCAAUGUAUGUGCUCAAGAGCUGAGACAUGGUGCCUCCAUUUGGAAACAGGCAUUGCAGAAGAAUGUCCAGAGUCAAAUGUUAUCUAAAACACAAGGCAGGCAAUAUAUCAUCUGUCUUGCUGAGAUUUACAGAGUAGUCCAGGUUCUUGGAGUUUCUGCUGAACUUUACAAGCCAUGGAUAUUGUCAGAUAUUGAAGAACCUGUUGGCUUGUUUCGUCUUCUAAAUGAAUGCUCUACACUCUGGUCAACUUCAGGGCUUGAUGAAGCUCUUCAGAUUAUUUCACAACAAUAUGCUUCAGAGUUCGGUGCAACUUUGAAUGCACUACUGGAGUCUAUGAAGUGCAUCAAUGAUAUUGAUGCACUUUUACUCCAGAACCAUUCUCUCUCUCAAGAACAACCUAUCUGUCAACUGUCAAUGUUAUCCGCAGGAAUCGUGCCAGGAAUGAAAAUGGUGGUUUGGGAUGGAAAUCACUACUCGCUGAAGCUUGCCAAUUUGUGGGCAAAUCUAAUCAGUUCUGAUCCUCCAGCUUUGGCUGUCAGCUAAUUGGCAAGCCACAACAGAAGUCGGAAAAACUUUUGGACUGGGUGUUGGUCUGAAUUGCAACUAUGUCCUCCAAUUUCCUCUUAGGAGGGCAUCUGAAACAUAGCAAGUGGCCCGGCCAUAGAAAUCCAGUGAGUUAGAAAAAUUUGAAAGACUUCAAUGCAUACCGACCAGGCUGCAAUUCAACUUUUAAACGUUCCGACACUUGAGUGAUACUGGAAGGAUUGGCUCUCAUCCAAAAGCCAAAAAAAGAAUAGAAGAAGAAGAGUGAUUGAUUUUCUUCCUGUUGGAUUGGUAUUCUUUUAAAGGGAUUUGUAGCUAUAGCCCUAUAAAUUUGUUAUUGGUAAUGCUAGUAUCAUUCUCUGUUUAGAAAUGUAUUAUGUUAAGAGAAAAAUGGGUGGAAUAAAGAAGGCACCCUAUACUUAGGAACAUUUUUUCUAAUAUGGUGUAUUGCCAAUUUAUUAUAGUAUAAAGAGAUGAUUCAUUGUAACUUUUUUGAUUGGUUGUGCAGUUUUUCAUUCUGUAUUAUGUUGAAACAAAUUCUUAUAGUAGUUUAUCCAUUCUG